AUGGCCCAGCAAGCACAGCGCAUGGGCACACGAUUCCUGCACCAGCUCACAUCGCUGGGCGGGAACAACUCGCAUGACAACUCUGCUGUGCAGAGUCAUAGUGGUGGCGGCGGCAGUGGGUCGAAUUCGUCGCCUGUGAAGAAUCAGCUGGCGUCUCUCUUUAAAGGCCAGCAAUAUCAGUCGCCUACGUCGCAGUCGUCGCAGCCGGCUGAGACGCCGCCUGUGCCAAGCUACCAGCAUGGCCAGACGCAUAUCGGUGAUACCAGUGCUGGGUCGACGCAUUACGGCGAAGCGCUGGGCGGCACGUCGCCAAAUCCAAUGCAUUCGUCACAGCCGUUGCAGCGGACGGUGACGAGCAUGGAUGAGCCCCGCUCUGACGAGUCCAACUCCAAGAUGGGCCGCUUUGGCUUUGGCAAGUUGGGCCAGUUUGGCAAAGGCACUGUACAGCAAACGACACAGGCCGGCGCGGGCGCUGGCCGCUUGGGCAAGCAGGGUGUGCAGGGCGUUGGUCAUAUGGGCCAGCAAGGGAUUCAGGGCGUCGGUCAUGGCGUGGAACAGGUAGGCCAUCUAGGCCAGAAUGGGCUUCACACGGUGGGCCAAGGCGUCACGCACGUUGGUCACUAUGGCCAAGAAGGAAUACAAGGCGUGGGACAGUUUGGCCAGCAAACUGUGCAAGGUGUCGGUCAUGGUGCGACCCAAGCUGGGCAGUUUGGCCAGCAGGGUGCCGCGACGAUCGGCCACUUGGGCCAGGAGGGUGUGCACCCUGAUAUGAUGCAUCAGCAGGGCGUGCAAGCCGGCCAGGGCCAGGGUGGCAUGUACGAUGCGCACCAAGACAACCCACUGCCGCAGUUGCCGAAUGGCUACGAGGGCCAAGCGAAUCCUGCCGCUAUGGACCAGACGUCGCCCUAUAGCCGCGACGGGAUGUAUACAUCGCAGAUAAGCACGGAGCCGGGCAGUACGAGCCCCUAUGGCGGCGAAGGCCCCUCGUCCGAGUACCCGCAGCAGGCGACGUACCACUCGCCGGAGCUGGUGACCACGGGUGCGGCCGGUUUUCAGCAAGACACGCAGAGUGCGUACGACGCGGGUGCGCAAGCGAUGACGACGCCGUACAGCGGCACGCAGUCCCUGCCAUCGAACGAUACAAGCCUGAUGCCUGUGCCUGUGUCCGUCCCGGCGCCAGGCGCGAUGGAAUCGUCGCAGACGCUUGCUGUGCCCGGCACGAGCCAAGGAGCCAGCGAUGCGUCUCUCUCGCCGAAUCGGCAACGUACGCAGUGGUCGGGCACGUCGCCCAACUCUGGCCACAAGCGACUGGAUCCGGAAGAGAUUGCGACAAUGUCGCGUUCGUACUACUCGGAGCUUCUGCAGUUCUUCCGUACGCAGCCGACACGUACAUCGCUGCUGACCACCUCGCGCUCGAAUGCGCGUGAGAAACUUACGCGGCUGAACAAGCAGCAGUUUGCCGAGCUCUCGACGGAUGUGCAUGACGAGCUGCAACGUCGGCAAGAUCUUAGCCAGACGUCGCCGUACUUGCCUGUUCGGGACGACUUCCAUCCGAAACGCAACCAGGCGCGCCAGAAACUCUCGACGCUGCCGAAGAGCCGAUUCCGUGACUUGGCCUCGGACGUGUUCUUUGAGCUGGAGCGGCGGUACCCGGAGCUUCCGCAGGAGCUGCGCCAUGAAUCGCUGGAAGAGCUCAUGGGCCCCCGCGAUGUGCGUGCGAGCCAGGUAAGCACGGAGGCACCGAGCUCGGCGCCGUCCAGUGCGCCGCCGCCACCGAUGCCCGGCAUGGCAUCGCAGACGAGAGUGGAUACGAUGCCUGUGGCGACCCAUGGUAUGAGUGGCACUGCGCCGCCUAUCACCGAUACCAGUGUGCUUUCGUCGCCGGUGCUCACUGAUCGUACGAUGGUCACGCCGCUGACGUCGACGACGACAACAACGACAGCAACAACGACGGUCGACCCGCCGCCUACGACUGGGGAGCCCAUGUCGCCCAUUGCCGAAGUGGUCAGUGUGACGACGGGCCGAUCCACGCCGGCGGCGCCGGCGGCACCGGCGGAGGCACAGCAGCACUUGUCGGAUGACAUGGCCGAGGCGCAGCAGCAGAUGAUGGAGGCGCCGCCUGCGACCGAGACGCGUCCGCGGGCAGCGACGCCGCGUGAGGCCGCGACGGAGGAGGGGGCAGAAGAGGCUGCGCCGAAAGACAACAUCGAUGCGCCGACACCUGCGCCGCGGGACAGCACGACGCUGGAGCCGCUCAACUCGGCGCAGUUCAAGGCGUUCCAGGACCAGGUCAUGGCGUUGCAGACGCGUGUGCAGGAACUCGAGGCGCAGGAGCACAAGCUGCAGCGCUCGAUCGACAUGGCCGAGCAGCAGGUACAGGAUAUGGAGCAGCGCAAUCUGUCGCUUGAGACGCGCUUGGCGCAGACGGAGCGGGAGCGGGACCACCACGUCGCGACGUCGCAUGACUGGAAGAGCAAGUCGGAGCAGCACAAGGCGGAGUUGGAGGACCAGCAUGCGCAGCUCCUGCAGCACCGUGCGGAUCUCGAUGCACUGCGGACGCAGUACAAUGAUCUGCAACUGUCGCAGGCUACGCGGGCCGCGCCAGCUGCCGCGCAGCCGGAUCCAGAUAUUGAGGCGCGGUGGAAGGCGGACCUCGAUGCGAUGCAGCAGCAGACGCUCGAGCAGGAGCAGAUGGUGCAGGAUCUGCGCAAGGAGGUCGGCUCGCUGCUGGAGGAGCUGCGUCGGCUGAGUGCACGCAACGAUGCGAUGACGGCGGACAAAGAGUCGGACGUGGCGAUCAUUCGUGAUUUGCACCAGCAGAUGUCGACGUACAAGCGCCGCUACGAAAGCACCAAGACGGAGCUGCGCAUGGUCCAAUCGACCUCGCAGCUGUGGGCGCAGCCGAACGUGGAAGAGUGGAAGUACGUGUCGGAGCGCGGCGCAAUUGCCGAUACGAACUUGCAGUCGUUCCAGGGGGCUGUGGACGAGCUGCUCACAGCCGCGCGCUCGGCCACGUCGUCGAAUGUGCUCAUUGCUAUGAAAACAGUCGUCCUUGCGACGACGCUCAUUACCGAUGACGUCGCGAAGUACGAACUGCAGCCGGACAAUGAGCUGACCUCGCUCACGCCGCAGCAGCGCGAAGACGUGCAGUCGCUCAAGUUCUCGGUGUCAGAAGCACUUUCGAACCUGAUGAACGCGUGCCGCAACCAUGCCUCGUCUCAGGGUCUUGCGCCUGUGAGCCUCGUGGACGCGGCCGCUACGCAUGUGGCCCUAGCGAUCGUCGAGCUGAUCAAGCUGCUGAAGCUCCGUCGUGUGCCCAAGCCAGCCGAAGACGACGGGAGCUUUGACACCAACGCCGAACUGUCACAGCCCAGCGGCCUGAAACCCCUCCACAUGCUGGGCGCCGCGUCGCCCUCCAGCAGCUUUCUGCGGCAGGGCCCCACACAGCGCCGCGCGAGCUCGGCGGCGCAGAGCCCAGCGCUCCGCUCGCUGUCGUACUCGCACUCGAACCUGGAUACGCGCACGAUGAAGUCGCCGACAACAGCCGCGGCGCUGGGCUCGCCCUCGCCGCUGGCCAAGUCCACGUCGACGCACAAGCUGAAUGGCGCGGCGACAGCCGCCAAGAGUGGAGACAGCGAGGCGCCGCCCAAGCGCGACUUGCCGCGUGUGCCGUCCACCUCGAAGCUGGCCACUGAAGGUACACAGGAGGCGCCAGACACGCAGCCGACAAGGACGACGACACUUGCCACUGAGCCCAAGGACGCGACCGCGCAGCCAGCGGCGCUCGGCGCGUCGACGACCUCGACCUCGACCUCGACCUCGCCGGCGAUUGCCGCGACGUCGCCCGUGCUGCCAGCGCCGGGGACGGACGUGUCGUCAGGCAAGUCGCCAGUGAUGACCACCACAUCGUCGGUGCCGGCGGGCAGCAGCGCGACCCCUGUGGCGGCCAACGAGGAGGCUGCGCAAGAGGACUGGGCUGAGCUUCGCAACUACAUUGAAGUACAGACCGAGGCGAUUGUACACUCGAUUCAGUCGCUUCUCUCAGCACUACGGGAAGGCGCACAGAGUGUCCAGCUCAACGAAAACUUGACGCAGAUCACGACCAUUGUCUCGUCGAUUGUGGCCAUUACGCGCGACAAUCUGCCACAAGCCUCGUCGUCGUCCAGUCACAGCUCCUCCAUGGCCGAGGAGGCGGAAGCGAUCCUGGCCGAGCUCACCGAGAACUGCGAUCGCUUGAGCGAUAUGCAGUCCAACGCGACGUACGACCGCACGGCAAAGAGCGUCAUGGCCAGUGCCUCGUACGGCGUGGCCAAGGGUCUCAAGGCUCUUAAUGAACUACUUAAUGCAUCGGGCGCAGAGACUCCGAUGAUGUAA